UACAUUGCACCUGGAGAUCGCACAGAAGAAGGUACGACAAGGCUGCACAAGGACAUGUGCGCCGCUGUCAACAUCAUGGCAUACUGUGCUCCCGAUCCACUUUCAAAAAAGAUGGGUGCAAUCUGGCAUAUAUUCAUGGCAUUGGAUUCGGAGACUGUCUCCAUGUUUCUUCGUGAGAAGCACGGCUUGACUGAAAGAGAUCCAGAUCCGCUCCUUGGGCAGAGAUCUUACCUCAACGAACAGAGUCUCAACGACCUCUGGACCAGACACAAAGUCCGGCCAUUCAGAAUUGUUCAAAAGGAGGGUGAAGCCGUGUUCAUCCCCCCCAGAGCUGCACAUCAG